GUCGUUGUGCCGGUGCUAUCCUGCUCUGUAUGAAUGUGUGUUAUUCUGCUCACAGUCCCAUCAGUGCUCAUGUGAUGUUGAAGAGGAGAUAUAUCGACCAGAGCGCUUUACAAGUCAGCUAGCCUCCUGGGAGGCGAGCCCCAAUGCCAUGGCCUCCAGUAACAGCUCCUCCCCAGUGCCUCGCCCUGCAGGUGGGGGUCGAGACGGGAUGCACCGGAAGGAGCAUGGCUCCUCGCCUCUGCGCUGCCGGGCCGUUCGCUCCUUACCGGACGUUUGCCCCAAGGAACCAACGGGUGAGGGGCGGAGCCUGUGCAACGGUCCCUCCGUGGUGGCGGAACACGACCGAUGGACGGUGUACAGUUCAAAGGUCAACCUCCCCGCAGCGCUAAACGAUCCCAGGCUGGCCAAACGAGAGUCGGACUUUUUCACCAAGACAUGGGGGCUGGACUUCACAGAGACCGAAGUCAUGCCUUCCUUCCACCUGCCCAACAUCACCAGGGAACACUUCGGGCCAUACUCGCAGGAAAUGAGUCAGAGGGAACGAAUCCACGACCGCUGCAAGACGAUCUGUCCCAAUAAAGACGAUGUGGAUGCAGUUUCCAGUGUCACAUCCAACAGCGAAAAAUCCAGAGCCGAGCUAGAACAAGUUCCAAAGCUCCUCCAGCUGAGUCACUACCUGGACGUAGUGGAGGUCAGCAUCGCCCGGCAGAUCUCGCUGCGCUCCGAGGCGUUCUUCCACGCCAUGUCCUCACAGCACGAGCUGCAGGACCAGCUGCAGGAGACGCAGCGGGCGGUGGCCGUCCUGCGGAGCCGGACGGCGGCGAUCGACCGGGUCAUGUGCCAGGGGCCCCUCCGGGCCCUCCGUACCGCACUGACUCGCAACAACUGCGUGAAGCUGCACAACAAACUGAAGCUGAUGGCGGCGGUCCAUCAGACGCAGCCCACCGUGCAGCUGCUCCUCUCCACCUCUGAGUUUGUGGGAGCUUUGGAGCUCAUCUCCACCACCAAGGAGGUGCUGCAGCAGGAACUGCAGGGAAUCCACAGCUUCAGACAUCUGGGCUCCCAGCUGUGUGAGCUGGAGAAGCUGAUCGACAAGAUGAUGGUGGAGGACUUCAGCAUGUAUGCACGCAGCGACCUGAACCGAAGUCUAAGGGAGGAGCCGCAGGUGCUGGAGAAGGAGCGUCUGGAGUCGCUGGUGUUCGGUCUGCUGCGGCAGAGGAAGCUGGACUUCCUGGAUAUCUACAGCGAUGAGAUGAUCUCAGCUGCUAAGGCCAUCGUCUCACAGUGUGUUGCAGACUGUGUUGUGCACAUGGAGGAAAUUGACACUGAAGUUAUCGUUAAGCUAGCUGACCAGAUGCGUCUGAUGACAUUCCCUCAGUGGUUCGAGGUGCUGGAAAACAUCUUUGAGAGUUUCCUUCUCUUCCUGCAGAGAAUCAAGGACACUUUAAACGUGAUCAGGAAUGUAGUUCUUCAAAUUCUCUCUUCGAACCACAAAAAUCGACUCCUUGCAGAAAGUAGUUUGGUGUCGGCGGGCCCAGAAGCCUCCCAGGGUCCGCUGGGCUCGCAGGGGGAAGCUGAGCUGGCUUAUCUCACCCAUGAAGGUUUGUUCAUCAGUGACGCGUUAAGUGAAGCCCAGCAGCAGGAGUCAGCGACUGCGGGUCAGGAUCAGCGCUCCGCAGCGGGCUCCAGGUUCCAGCAGAACCGGACUGAAGCUGCGGCAGAGAGCGACUCUUCCAUGGGAUUUACAGAGACGUCUGCCGGCAGAGAACACAGCUUCAUAUCUGGAGACAACUUGAUGCCCACUGAGGCGGAGCUGAACCGCCUGAUCAGUGGCCUCCAGGAGCUGCUGCACAUGGCCUCCGACGUCAGCCACGACCGCUGCGUUAAAGUCCUCACUGCCAGAGCCAAGGACGGCUCCCUGGAGCGCCUGAGCUCGGCAGAGUUUGUGUCUCUGUCUCGGGCGGUGGAGCGCUUCGUCAGGGAUACAGAGGAGCUGUGUGGCAGGCGAAGCGUCUCCCUGAGGGGGGCGCUGCAGAGCCAGGCUAACCGGUUUGUCAACCGUUUUCAUGAAGAGAGAAAGACCAAACUAAGCCUCCUCCUAGACAACGAGCGCUGGAAGCAGGCUGAGGUUCCAGCAGAGUUCCAGGAUCUGGUUAACUCCAUCGCCGACGGCAGGAUAUCCCUACCUGAGCGCAAAAUGUCAGGCCAAGAGGAAAAAAAACCUGCAGAGUUUCUUCUCGUUAACGGACAGAAAUAUGCUGUCGUUGGAACUGUUCUGCUGCUGAUCCGGAUCUUUCUGGAAUACUGUCAGUGUGUGACCGACAUCCCGUCCAUCACCACAGACAUGUUAACUCGUCUGUCUGACCUGCUCAAGCACUUUAACUCCCGCAGCUGCCAGCUGGUUCUAGGAGCAGGAGCUCUGCAGGUCGUCGGCCUCAAAACCAUCACUACCAAAAACCUGGCAUUAGCAUCCCGCUGUCUACAGCUGGUGGUUCACUACAUUCCCAUCAUCAGAGCUCAUUUUGAGACCAAACUGCAGCCCAAACAGUUCAGUGUCCUCAGACACUUUGACCACAUCACUAAGGACUACAACGAUCACAUAGCGGAAAUCUCUGCAAAGCUGGUGGCCAUCAUGGACAGUCUGUUUGAGAAGUUUUUAUCAAAGGUAACAGCAUCGAUUGUUGUUGUUUUUUACAGAAAUCUGAUACAUAAGAUGCUGCUCAUUUAACCCCGGCUCUUCGUCGCUCUGGUCCUGGACACUAGGCAGCUGGCUCGACUCGGGGUCAGUAAUGAUGGAGGACCGCAGCAUGGGCUUGUUGUUGUGGACGUGGCCUUCUACACCGAGAACAUCCAGGCCCUGAAGAGCCUCGAAAGACUCGACCUAAACAUGGCUGAGAUCUGGGAGCAGAAGAGGUGAUGGAGGAUCGGAACCUCCAGAUCAAACAAUUCGCCGCACCCAGAACGGAGGGGCGACCUUGGCCGGGAGCGGGCGGGGGUGGACGGGGCCCCCUGCAGGGACCAAAAACACUAUUGUAGGAGCGGAGAGGCAGCAGGCUGGAGCCUCCUGCAGACUAUCACCACCUCAUCCCACUGUGUGCAGUUCAACAGAAAUACUAGUAAAUUAUUGGAGCGGGUUAAUGGGAGGAAGGACGGACGGAUGGUGGGCUAAUUUAUUUUUCUGACUUUUUUCUUAACUGGCUGUGACGGUAAAGGGGAUUUUCUUACUUUUUAUACUAACAAACAAGCAGCUUUGGGGGGAAAACCUGAAGAAGUUAAAACAUCUCGACUGUGAAAGCAUCAGAAACCUCAGCUUCGCCCCGUUUUUACCAAAGCAAAACAGUGUAGUGAUGUUGGGAUUCUGCUGCGUAACCAAUCAUUCAGCAGGGUUUUUAGCCGGCUGCUAUUCAGGCUAAAAUGAUGGUAGAAAUUUAAAGAAGGCAGAGUAAUCAGUCACAGGUGAGGGCUAACUGUCACACCGACAAAAACGCUGUCUGCGACCGCUAUUAGUGGCUUUUCACUGGAAAAUUGUGAAACAGUUGAUGGGGUCGGAUUAAAUCCCCACAUUUUUAUGGU